UCUUUCGUCAAAGGAAAAUUCUAUAAUUGCAAAGUUUUAUUUUUCGACAAAUUCCAGUAUUUAAUUUAAUUUUCAUUUUUCCCAACAUAAAGCAAUAAAAAAUUAAUUUCAAAAGAUGCAAAGUAAUGAUUAUCAUACAAUGCACGGCAUUGAAUUACGUCCCAGACAAGAUCCUGAUCAGGAGGGUGAAGUGGAUCCAACUCUGUACCCGGAAGCCAAAGAUGCGACCAACAAAAUUCGUGGACGAUAUGACCUAAUUGAAAAGCUUUUCGGAAAUACAGACCAAGAAUUAUUUAUUAUAAAAACAUUUUAUUUUUUCUUCUAUUCUGCAUUCGGUAGUUUGUUUCCUUUGAUGGGAAUUUAUUUUAAACAAAUGGGAUUGAAUCCUCUGCAGUGUGGUUUGUUAGUAGGAAUUCGGCCAUUUGUUGAAUUUAUAUCAUCUUCAUUUUGGGGGGGAUAUGCUGACAGGAGUCAAAAAGGCAAAACACUAUUAAUUGGAUCCUUGGCAGCAUGGAUUAUAUUUACGCUUCCUCUAGGACUUAUUCAACCACCUGCUUCUGGAUGCUUAAGUAAAUACAAUGAAACUGAUUAUGUCAUUAAACAAACCGGUCAGUACCAUCCUGGUGACCCGAAUGAUAAGAACAUUAUUACAUAUGGAGAGCAUAUCAUGUAUAAUCUGGGAAUCAGUUCACAAACACCACACAAGAUAAACUACAUAGGGAAUUACAAAAAAGAGGAUCACAAAAACUUCGUAACUCCAACAUUUAGCUCCGUUGUUUACAGAGUUGAGGAUAUUCAACGGGCCUUUUUCCUGUUAUUCCUCUUAGUUGCAAUUGGAGAAUUUUUCUCUGCUCCAGCAAUAACUCUUGCAGAUACUGCCGUUAUUACUAUUUUGGGUGAAGAUGUGGACAAAUACGGUCAUCAAAGAAUGUUCGGAUCACUUGGAUGGGGCUUGGCAAUGUUCUUCAUGGGAAUGAUACUCGACAAUUCUACUUCAUUUACGACUCAUCCAUGCGCACCACUUAAACUGGAGCGCAAUUACACAAUCUGUUUUGCAACCUUUUCAGUUUUGAUGGGUGCGGCUCUAAUAACAGCAACACAAAUAAAAUAUCCGACCAGUAUUAAUGUUAAUAUAAAUCAAGAAACUACAAACCAACAGCCAUAUGACAGCAAGGAAGAUGACUUCCAGAAUCAAAUUGCAGUACAAUUGAAUUUACCCACUCUAGCAACCAAUAACGACAUUCCUCAAACAAGCACUACAAAAGUAUCUGAUCAGACAAAAGUGUUUGCGCAAACAACCACCGAAAUGCCAGACUGGCUCAAAGUUUUGCAGCAACUAAAAGAUAUCAAAUGCAUAUCUGUAUUGUUUGUAGCAUGGUUUAUGGGUUUCGGUAUUGGUUUGAUUUUUACCUUUUUGUUCUGGCACUUGCAAGAUUACGGAGGAUCUCCUACACUUUUUGGCAUUGCAUCAAUCAUCAAUCAUGUGUCAGAAAUCAUUGCGUACUUCUUUAGCUUCAAACUUAUUUCUGAAAUUGGUCAUGUUAAGGUGCUUUGUCUUGGUCUACUUGGAAAUGUUAUACGGUUUAUUUAUAUAUCAUUCGUGAAAAAUGCUUGGUGGGUACUACCGUUUGAAUUAAUGCAAGGUAUUACCCAUGCAGCCGUUUGGGCAGCUUGUUGCUCAUACAUAGCUCACAACACGCCACAGGCACUACGUGGUUCUAGUCAAGGUGUACUUCAAGGUCUUCAUCACGGUUUAGGAAGAGGUUGUGGAGCGGUUUUUGGAGGUCUUUUAUCAAACUCAAUCGGAACUGCUGCCACAUUUCGUCUCUAUGGAAUCGGUUGUUUGUUAGUAUUUGGUGGAUUCGUUUUUAUUAACUUUUACCGAAAAGAUCAAGGAUUUGUCUCUAAUAUUCCUGCUUCUGAAGAUCCUCAUCAGUUGGCCGAAGAAACCUCUCAUUUAGCCCCUCAUGGAGUACCAAGUAAUCCAAUUACAAAGGCCCUAUCUAGUACACGACUAAAUGAGUUACAAAAUGUCGAUGAACAACAUUAUUAUCAACAGUCUGCAGAUGGAAACUUAAAUGUACCUAAUUCUGCUAAUCCAUUUCAAUCUUAUUAGUAACAGAAAUGUCGAUGAAAACAGAUACAUAUCAACAUAGAUACUAAAGCUAAUGUUAUUGCAUGCCAAUUAAAAUUUAUUAAUUUUUUUCAAAAUGUAUCCAUUAAAUUAAAGCUUCAUUUGUUAAUAUAAUUGGCUUGCAAAUACUUUAGCGUAUUUUAGGUAUAUUAUGAAAUAUUAUAAGAUUAUAUCAAAAAAAAAAAAAAACAAAUAUAGAUGUCUAAAGGUCCAU